UUCUGUAACACUUUUGGUCAAUUAUUUUUAACUUUCAAUAUAAAUUCAGUAAAUGUGAGUAUAUAUAUUACAUACAGUAUACUUUAAAAUUCUUCAAUGACGUAUUUAUAUUUCUAUAGUUUUUUUAACAAAUGGUGAGAAAUAAAAAGAAGUGGUGUACACAAUCUAACACGUUCCACUGGUUCACUCUACAAAGUGACCAAACACUUGCCCUUCACACUUCUUUGUCAUCUUCCCUCUUUCCUUCUUCUUUCUUCCUCAAAUUCACUUAUUCACAUUCUCUCACCAGACACAAACUCCAGAUUCAUCCGACAAUGGAAACUUUCAGAACAUUCCAUCUUUUUCUCUUCUUCUUCUUCUUCACAUUCACUACUACCCUGACGUCACCAUCUCAGAUCGCAGACUGUACAAUGUGCACUUCUUGUGACAACCCUUGUCAACCAAACCCUUCUCCUCCUCCUCCACCGUCAAAUCCAUCUCCUCCUCCUCCAUCUCCCACCACCACCGCCUGUCCUCCACCUCCUAGCUCCAGUGGUGGUGGUCCUUACUACUACUACCCUCCUGCUUCUCAAUCUGGCUCUUACCGUCCACCACCUUCUUCCUCCAGUGGUGGCUACUACUAUCCACCUCCUAAAAGUGGAGGAAACUACCCUUAUACACCGCCUCCAAACCCUAUCGUUCCAUAUUUUCCGUUUUACUAUUACAACCCUCCGCCGCAAUCUGUUAUGUCCGGAUCCGAUGCAAAGAUCAGAUUCUCUUACGGAGUUUCAUUUAUUUUAAUUUUCUCUCUUUAUUUCGGUUGCUUCUAGUUUAAAACAUAAUUAAAGAAGAUAAUUAAAGGAAGAAGUAGCUUUAUUAAUAUAUCAACCAAACAGGUUCAUUUCCUCAGAUCCUUGCAGAGAUUUUUUGCAGAUAAGAAGGUAGAAGACAAGACUAUGCAUGAGAGAUCUUCACGCUACAAAUAUUGAGACGAUGAGAAUAUUGUUUCUCCAUUUUUCUUUUUACUACUUUUGCUUGUACAAGUAGAAAUAUAUUUGUACUUCUAUCUUUAACAAAUUUGUGUGUUAAUGAAUGUAACUCUCUUUUUUAAUAAUAAGAAAAAUAAUCAAAUUGGGUUUUAA